CUGUCAUCUGAGCUGUCAUCAUAUAUAACCUUUCUUGUUUGCAUUUCUACCAAAAAACGAAAAAUAUUAUAAUUUUAGAACUUUUUCAAAUAAAUAUAAACUUUUAAAGUCUUAAAAUGGCCCAAGUUAUUAAAUACAUUGGUCGCAAAACAGAUUUCCGUGGAAAACCACUAUGGGAAAUUCUAGGCAAUUUGAAAAAUCACGGUGUAGGUCGAAUUGUUGUUCGCAGCAUGUUCGAGCGCUAUCCAGAACCAUCGUUUAUGAAAAUUCUCAAAGUUGAAGCUGUUCCUAAUUCAGAAGACCGCAAAGUCCGUGUAACCAUAGAACGAACUUUCCGUGGAGUCACACAACCCAAACCAGUUGUCAUCUAUAGCACAACAUACAAAGCUGACUAUCGGCUCAUACCCAAAGAUGAGGAAGCGGAAUAUUGCAAAUCUGCUGUACAACAAAAAGAAAUGAUUCUUCCCAAUGAAAUUGAGUUUCCACCUUUGUUGAGAGAAUUCGUGAGGGAAGAGACUGGAAAUGAGAAUCCCAUGAUGAAGGUGCAUUUCAAGAAAAACAUCAACAAACUGGCACGUUUGGCUGAGCCGGGCGAGAAGCCAAACAUUGAAAUCAGCAUGGGUCUAGGGAAACCAGUCAGUCCCAAAUUAUAUGAAAAUUGUUUGUAAAAUUUAAAGAAAUAAAUUGUUCAAUCAAAUAGCUUGUAUUUACUUUUA